AUGUCGACAACACGACCCGGUCGCCAGUAUACCGUCGCAACAUCACGUAAAGCUGCAGAGGCCAUGUACCGACAGCCGUCGUACGACCGAAGCUUCGACUCUGUCCGCUAUCCCUCCAACACGAGCCAGCCUAGCCUCUCACACAGCUUCAGCACCUAUUCCGAGUCCACGCCGUCGUCCGUCUGCCGACCCGACUUCGGCGACUACCCUCACAACAUGUCUCAAAGCGACUGCGGCGCCAGCAUCGCCUCGGAAGUGGCAGCUUCGUACGACGACACGUCCGACGUCGAUGAGGUGCCCGUCGGAGUGGCUAGCUCCAAGUCGACGUUGAUCAAGUUCGUCGAGCCCGUGGUGCAGCGCGACGCUUCUCACGGCCAGGGACGCUUGACGGGCAUGAAGAAGAAAAAGAUGCUGCGUGAAAAGGCAGCACAGGAUGGUGAAGCUGAAAUCAUCCACCAUUUGCCGUUGCUUGGCUUCUCAAACACCCGCACGAUAUCCACCGACGAUCAGGCUCUGCACAAAGACGUGCUCAGCUUUCCUCUCGUGCCUCCAAGGGACGCACACAUCACGCCGCGACAGGAAGAAUGGAACGUGGAUGCGAUCGAUAUCGCGCUAGAAGAUCUGGUGCUCGAUAAAGGCAAGAUCGCUUCGAAUGGGAUGAGGGGCGCUGCAGCCCAUUCGGUGCUCGAUGAGGCUCAAGAGGAAGAGACACCAUAUCACCGUUCUCGCGCGUUGAGCGAUGCAAGGCGGGCUCAGAAUUUGCGUCGUCCUCCUCCUCCUCCUCCUGUCGAUGCUCUACUGCCACCUUUGCCUCCGCUGGCGUCAGCCCCGACAGAGUCAGAGGAGAGCGAGACGCCUUCAGCAGAGGGCAAGGUGGCAGGUCUUGGUCCUGUCUCUGAUCAUCCCCUCGCAGAAACCGGUGCCGAUCAAGCCAGCCUCGCCAGGAGUCAUGCCAUGCUGGCGUUGCGCAACAGCAACGGAUCUGCCGUAGAUAGCGACGACGACGUAUUUGCCUUCCGACCUCCCAGUCUUCCUGGCCAUGGCGACGAACAACAUGGAACGGUACGCGAAUCUCGCCUCGCACGAAGCAGCAACCUUCGACUCGACUCGAUGGCGUCUUCCAACCACAGCAGCCUGCGGGACAUGGAUCCUCGCGAAAUAAUGCAACGGGCGCGCUCUCAAGCGCUUUGCUACGGCCUCGAUGCUGAGAUCGGCCAGUCGCUCGACGUCGAAGCCGAAUGUGGCUUCGCAAGCGCCAGCAGCAACAGUGUCAGCAACCAAACGGUGCAGGCCGAAGACCUACCGCCUCUUCUCUCGAAUCACUACCUACAAGGGCAGGUACAUCCGACCGAAUACGAACGCCUCAACCGGCUCCCCGAACGACUUCUUGCCGCUGCCAGCUCCUCCGGCGCGAACGCUUUGUCCCAUAAGCAUCUCUCGAAGCACAAGAAGCGCACCGAUUCUUCACGACCGAUGCCGCACUACGAGCCCAUCAGCAUCCUCCGCGCCGAAGCUGCUUUCCUCAAAGAAGACGUACCGAAAAGGAAGAAGAAGGAUCGAAUGUGGUCCGGGGCCGGCGGCAAUGCCUCUUCGUCGGACGUGUCGAGCGUUUCAGAUGGUCAUCAGCGAUUGAAGUCGUUCAAAUCGACGAUGCGUCUCAAGAAGUUGUGA